AACGAUAAUGGAGAAUCGAAGAUCUGCAGUAAAAACCUCCACAGAAUGAUCUUUGGUUUGCAUGUAGUACCUACUUCUGCCACAAGGUGGAGGAUCAGAACUAACUGACAAUUUUUUUUCCUGGUUGUCAGAGGACAUUCAAGUUGUAUCAAGUUGAAGUUUCCCCUCAUGUUCUUACUGCUAUAAACGUCAUGUCAUAUCGGUACAGCUCUGUGAUUCAUUUUGACCUUAUAUCCAAAUAAUAAAGUGGGAUUUCACAGUGCUUGUGAAAAGAUUGUGUACAGAGAUAUUUUAUAAAAACAAGCAUCCUGUGAACACACUUAAAUAGACAAUGAAAAUAUUCAUAUGAGUGCGAACAAAAACUUAAUAUAACCGGGUGGUUGGACAUUCCUGUGGUGGUCAAAUUUAUCAAAUAACCAGGAAUUCAGAUCUGGACAGAUGUGAACCAACACACUCUGAUCUGCAGACUGAGGAGGUAAAUGUUUAUGUGGAAAUCUGAGAUGAUGUGCACAGUAAAUUUACUCAAAAAUAAAAUACAUUCAUACUAUACCUAUUCCUUCCUGUAUUGAGUAUAAUAACAGAGACACAGAUAUUUACUGAUGAUGAUGCAUCAGACUUUAACAAAUUUAAGAUUAUUAUCAGCAAAAGUUAUUGUGCUCUCAGGGUCAAAUUGUCACAAAAUACUGAUCUUCAUGGAAGUGAUAUUAGAAAUGGUUUAGUUACUGUAAAACAUUUAGUACAGAUGACAUGAAAAAUCACUAGACCUCGAAAUUAAAAGUUGAGAUAAUCGUUAGUUUUCUAUGUGUGACAAGUUGGAUUAGAAACAGCCAAAGGGAAAGUGGUGUUCUUUGUGUCUAUCUUCAGUUGUAAUAAAACCACUGAUGACGGAAGAUGGCGGUAAUGGGUCAUUGACUACCCUAAAACAUGAAGAAGAAGAAGAAGAAGUCUGACCCGGAAGUGCUACGUUCAAUAAUCUCCAGCUUCACACUGUUUGUUUAUAAUUUGAGUCUUCGGUUUUCUCCUGUAAAAUAUCUGGGUCAGUCCUUCAGAACCAGCAGAACCUCUGUGACCGGAUGAAACCGACUGGAUGGACUUUGUUCUGUUAACAUUCUGUGUUUGUUUUACUCCUGAUUUACCUGUCAUUAGCUCAGUGAUGCUAAAGUUAGCUUAGCUCACUAGCUGCUAACAGACCUGUCAGUGUGUGACGGAGACAAAUUGUGUUUCCGACGGAGUUUGUGCAGAGAAAAAGUGAAAAAUGUCCAAAAAAGUCCAGAUUCUGAGAUCGUUGGUGGAGCAGAGACUAAUUGCGGCUGCUGAAGAGAUAUUUGGGCUGUUUGAAAGAACCAUAGCAGAGUACGAGGAGGAACUUUGUCGAACUAAAGAAGAAAACCAGAGACAAAGACAAAUACUGGACACAGUUUUAUUACAUACACCUGUGGGCUCCACAGACACCCAGCAACAGUCUGUGGGUAAGGAAGAGGUUCCCCCUGAGCAGAAGGAGUGGAACCCCAGUAUGGACCAGAACCAGGAGGAGGACCCAGUGAACCACCACAUUAAAAAGGAACAGGUGGAACUGUGGACCAAUCAGGAGGCAGAUAUCACCAAGUUCCAUUUCACUUCUGUCCCUGUAAAGAGGGAAGAUAAAGAGGAAGCUCAGUCCACACAGAUUAAUCAAAGACAAACUGAGAAGAACCAAGAAGAAACUGAAACUGGACAGGACUGUGAAGGAUCAGAACCAGCCAGCAGCUUGGAUCCACAUAGACAUUUUCAGUCUUUUAGUGAUGAUAAUUCUUCUGAUGCGAGUGAAACUGAGGACAGUGAUUUUGAUUGGACAGAAACACACAGAACUCAGUCACGUUCAAAACGUGUUCAAAAAAGUGUAAAGAGUUCAAAAACUGUAAACACAAUUAAACGUGUGCAGACUGAUAAUAGAUUGUCAACUAAGGUGCGGCCGUUUCUUUGCUCGUUAUGUGGUAAAAGAUUCACCCUGAAGGGAAACCUGAAGAGACAUACGAGGUACCACACAGAAGAGAGGCAGUUCAGCUGCUCUGACUGUGAUAAAUUUUUCAAAAACAGACGAUCAUUAAAAAAGCACAUGAGGGUUCACACUGGAGAACAGCCCUACAGCUGCUCAGAAUGUGGAAGGAGUUUCAAUCGGCGGGGGAACUUUCAGCGGCACAUGAGGGUUCACACAGGGGAGAAGCCUUUUUCCUGCUCAGUUUGCACUAAAAGCUUCCCUGUUAAAGACCAACUAACCAGACACUUUAAGUCCCACACAGGGGAAAAGCCAUUCAGCUGUAACAUCUGUGGGAAGCGCAGCGCUGCAAAAGGAGAUCUGACCAGACACAUGAGAAUUCAUACUAGAGAGAAACUGUUCAGUUGCUCUGUGUGUGGAAAGAGUUAUACUGAGCCUGGAUCUCUUAAGAGACACAUGAAGCUGCACACAACUGACUAGAGUCCAUUUCAGACCAAAGACAGACAGGGUUUUCACAGCGGCAGAGUUCCAUUCUGGUUCCAAUUCCAGAACCUAAUGUUGAACUGGCUGGCACAUUCACACACACAAAAAAAAAGGGUUCAGAACCUGAAAAGUUGAUUCUCAACUUGAAAAAGGAAAGGUUGGUUCUUCCUCAUGACCUUUGACAUCAUCUGUGGGCGUGUCUUAUUCAAGUUAUGAGAAUAAGUGGAAGUAGAGAAAGAAACUGGAGAAACACAAAGUUACAUCCUUCCACUUUUGUUUUACUUUUAAGAAUGGUGUGAACACGGGCUGGUUUGCCUGAAGGUACCAGGGUUCUGAGACUCCAGAACAGAGCCAGAACCAGAACUAUGUCUGCCUGAAAGCACAAAAAGAGAACAGAUGAAAAGCUGCAGUGACUUGUAAAGUGAUGAACAGUUAAAGAGUGAUUAAAAAUAUUAGUACUUCCCAAUGAGAAACAGCCUGUUGAUCAUACAUCAUUUGUGUUAUUUCGGGGGGCAACUGGUGUCACCUCUAAUAAGUAAAGAAUACAGCCUGAAAAUACUGAGAAAAACACACAGUAGUGAUACUACAUUCUACAAUCAGCCUCUGGUGAUUCAACAAACUGAGUCUCGGGUGACACUAUCAUUCGGUUCAAGUUGAGCUGGAAAAUGUCAAAUUAUUUUACUUCAGUCUUUACCUGCAAUGUUCUCUUUUCAUUGUCUUUGAUUUACUUGGCAACUUCUGCCAAGUAGAGCAUCAGUUGGAGAUGAACUCAGGCUGCAGCUGGACAGCUGUAACUGGACUGAUACAACUGAACCCUUUAACUGAUUGAAAUACAUGAAGUCAUAAUGGUGAACAGAAGGUCCACAGUAAAGACAUCCAUAGAAUGAGCUUUGGUUUGGGUGUAGUACCUACUUGUGCCACAAGGUGGAGGAUCAGAACUAACUGGCAUAUUAUCUCCAGGUUGUCAGAAGACAUUCAAGUUGUAUCAAGUUGAAGUUUCUCCUCAUGUUCAUACUUCAAGAAAUAUGUCAGAUCAGUAGAGCUCUGCAUUUGAAGAGCAACAUGCAGGGUAAAAACCACAGAUGAUUCAUGUGUGAGAAUACAAAACACCACAACAUUCCAGUGUCUGUGCAAUAAAAGUAUAAGAAUCCC